AUUUAUCAGAGAUUAUAAAAAUACAGCAUCUAUCGAACGACCAUGAAUCCUGGUUCUUGUUUUUCUAGAAGAGUCCAGCAGGAGAGAGCAGACUCCCCUGGACCCAGCUGUGUCUCCAUGAAGAGUGACCGCUCUAUGGAACAACCUCAUAACUUUAAAGACGGAAGUCCGUCUAUUGAAAAAAGGUAAGCAUUGAUUAGAGAUGAUGAUUUGGGCUGUAGUCUUAAAUCCAACCAACUCUCUGACCAAUCGAUUGGUCGAUGGUGAAAAGAUUAUUAUAAAACAAAGUGCACGUUAUCUCUGGAUCAACAUAAUCUACCACAGUGCGUUGUACUCUACCUGCUAGCCUCAAUAACACAUAAGGGCUGUUUGGAGAAGGGCAGUGGGUUUCAGACCCCCUCUCGGCCCGAGUCGACUCGGUUAGAGCAGAGCUUCAAUAUGAAGCAGACAGCGGACGAGCCAUGGAGUGUCGGGCAGCGUCCUUUAUAGACGGCAUGUAUAAAGAUUUGAGUGUUUAUCUGUAUGUAAUAUAAUGGGGCCCACUGGAUGCUGCUGGGAUUCGUGCCAAGAAGCCAAUUCUGAUGUGUUCCCACUCAAAGCCUAGCGAGCGUGAAACACGAAGGGAGAUGAAGAAUCACAGAAAUAUUAAGAAAAAAGUACCCAUGCCACCAUUUUAGCAGAUCUGCCCACAAACUUCCUCUACACUUUGCAUUCUUUUUUGUCGUCCUUUUUAACCAAAUGCUGCCAGAUCGAUGACUUUGUUGCAAUCAAUGAGUUAGUAGCGGAGUAAAGGUUCAGUAAGUUAGGACUAGCGGUCUUCCUUAUGGGCCAGUUCAACGUUGAGAAACCCAGGGGCUUGACCUCUUGUCUUACAAGUCUUAUAAUUUAUUAAACCAUAUGAUUAUUAAAACAGAAACUACAGAGCCUUCAACCUUAUUUUUAUUAAUAAUUAAUGUUAUUUCUUACACACAUUAUAGCCCUUCUCUCAAAUAUAAAACACAUCAGUCUGCAUUUGUCCCUCCCGGCCCUAAAAUAAUGGAUUAAGAACCUCUUUGUUCUUAUUAAAGGAACACCAGCUAUUGUCCGACCAAUGAGAAUUUGGUCCAACAAGUGCAUAUCAAUUAACCAGUCAACCAACCGACCAGAACAUGACAGCCCUAGAGAUUAUAUAGGUACAGCUUUUAUCAAACUUCCAGAAAUCCUGUUUCUUGUUUUCUAGAAGAGUCCAGCAGCAGAGAGCAGACUCCCCUGGACCCAGAUGUGUCUCCAUGAAGAGUGACAGCUCUAUGGAUCCUCCUGUUGGGUUUAAAGAUGGAAAUCAGUCUAUUGAGAAGAGCCCAGAGCAGCAGCAGAGAGCAGACUCCCCUGGACCCAGCUGUGUCUCCAUGAUGAGUGACCGCUCUAUGGAACCUCCUUUUAACUUUAAAGAUGGAAUUCAGUCUAUUGAGAAAAGAGUACAGCAACAGAGAGCAGACUCCCCUGGACCCAGCUGUGUCUCCAUGAAGAGUGACAGCUCUAUGGGACGUCUUCUUAACUUUAGAGAUGGAAAUCAGUCUAUUGAGAAGAGAAGAGUCCAGCCGGAGAGAGCAGACUCCCCUGGACCCAGCUGUGUCUCCAUUAAGAGUGACCGCUCUAUGGAUCAUCCUGUUGGGUUUAAAGAUGGAAAUCAAUCUAUUGAAAAGAGAAGAGUCCAGCAGGAGAGAGCAGACUCCCCUGGACCCAGCUGUGUCUCCAUGAAGAGUGACAGCUCUAUGGAACAACCUCAUAACUUUAAAGAUGGAAAUCAGUCUAUUGAGAAAAGAAGAGUCCAGCAGCAGAGAGCAGACUCCCCUGGACCCAGCUGUGUCUCCAUGAAGAGUGGCUGGUCUAUAGAAGAACCUGUUAACUUUAAAGAUGGAAAUCAGUCUAUUGAGAAGAGACACCAGGAGAGGUCAAAGGUCACCAGUGCUCAGUCUGUACAGCAGCAUCAAACAGAGCUGGAGAUGAACCAGGAGGAACUGGCUGACACACUGGGGGGCGGAUCCGCUGCUGUCGAUUGCCAACAUAAAAUCAAGUCUCAUUUGAAGAAGAAGUUCAGGUGUGUGUUUGAGGGAAUCGCUAAAGCAGGACAGCGAACAGAUCUGAAUGACUUCUACACAGAGAUCUACAUCACAGAGGGAGGAAGUGGAGAGGUCAACAAGGAACAUGAGGUCAGACUGAUUGAAACAACUUCCAGGAAACCAGCCAAGGAAGAAACACCAAUCAGAUGUGAAGACAUCUUUAAACCCUUACCUGGACACGAUCAACCAAUAAGAACAAUGAUGACAACUGGAGUGGCCGGCAUUGGUAAAACCGUCUUGACACACAAGUUCACUCUGGACUGGGCUGAAGGCAAAACCAACCAGGACAUACACUUCACAUUUCUCCUCACUUUCAGAGAGCUGAAUUUACUGAAAGGGAAAGAGUUUAGCUUGGUGGAACUUCUUCAUCACCUCUUUAUUGAGACCAAAGAAGCAGGAAUCUGCAGAUUCGACCAGUUCCAAGUUGUCUUCAUCUUGGAUGGUCUGGAUGAGUGUCGACUUCCUCUGGACUUCCAGAGAAACCCGAUCUGGACUGAUGUCACAAAGUCCACCUCGGUGGACGUGCUGCUGACAAACCUCAUCAAGGGCGACCUGCUUCCCUCCGCUCGCCUUUGGAUAACCACACGUCCUGCGGCAGCCAAUCGGAUCCCUGCUGAGUGUGUUCACAUAGUGACAGAGGUGAGGGGGUUCACCGACCAACAGAAGGAGGAGUACUUCAGGAAGAGAUUCAGAGAGGAGACACUGGCCAGCUCAAUCAUCUCCCACGUCAAGAAAUCACGAAGCCUCCACAUCAUGUGUCACAUCCCAGUCUUCUGUUGGAUCACUGCUUCAGUUCUGGAGGACAUCUUCAAAAAAUCCCAGAUCGAAGAGAUGCCCAAGACCGUGACUCAGAUGUACAGCCACUUCCUGAGGGUUCAGUCCAUACAGGGGGACAGGAAGUACCAUGGGAGGGCUGAAACAGAUCCAGACUGGAGUUCAGAGAGCAGGGAGAUCAUUGUUUCUCUGGGAAAACUGGCUUUUAACCAGCUGGAGAAAGGCAACCUGAUCUUCUACGAGUCAGACCUGGCAGAGUGUGACAUCAAUAUCAGAGCAGCCUCAGUGUACUCAGGAGUGUUCACCCAGAUCUUUAAAGAGGAGUGUUGGCUGUUCCAGUACAAGGUGUUCUGCUUUGUCCAUCUGAGCAUCCAGGAGUUUCUGGCUGCCCUUUACGUCUUUCUGUCCAUCGAUACUGGUGUCAAUCUGCUCUCAGAAGAACCACCAACCUCCAGGAAAGAUAAACUCCUCUUCUACCAGAGUUCUGUGGACAAGGCCUUACAGAGUGAGAACGGACACCUGGACUUGUUCCUCCGCUUCCUCCUGGGCCUCUCUCUGGAGACCAAUCAGAUUGUCCUACGAGGUCUGCUGGGACCGAAAAAAAGAUCACUGACCACUCGGAUUAAAAAAGGUCUGCUGCGACAGAUGGGAAGUAGCUCACAGACCAAUAAGGGAACAGGAUCACAGAUCAAUGAGGGAACAGUGUCUUACAUCAAGGGGAAGCUAAAAGGAGAUCUAUCUCCAGAGAAAAGCAUCAAUCUGUUCCACUGUUUGAAUGAGCUGAACGACUGUUCUCUAGUGAAGGAGAUCCAACAGUACCUGACAUCAGGAAAUCUCUCCGGAAAACGUCUCUCCCCUGCUCAGUGGUCAGCUCUGGUCUUCAUCUUACUGACAUCAGAAGAGGAGCUGGACGUGUUUGACCUGAAGAAAUACUCUGCUUCAGAACAUGGUCUUCUGAGGCUGCUGCCAGUGGUCAAAGCCUCCAAAACAUCUCUGCUGAAUGCGUGCCAUCUGUCAGAGAGAUGCUGUGAAGCUCUGGCCUCAGUUCUCAGCUCCAACUCCUCUAGUCUGAGAGAGCUGGACCUGAGUACCAAUGAUCUGCAGGAUUCAGGAGUGAAGCUGCUCUCUGCUGGACUGGGGAGUCCACACUGUACACUGGAAACCCUCAGGCUGAAGGACUGUGAACUGUCAGAGAGAUGCUGUGAAGCUCUGGCCUCAGUUCUCAGCUCCAACUCCUGUAGUCUGAGAGAGCUGGACCUGAGUACCAAUGAUCUGCAGGAUUCAGGAGUGAAGCUGCUCUCUGCUGGACUGGGGAGUCCACACUGUACACUGGAAACUCUCAGCUUGUCUGGCUGCCUGGUCACACAGGAAGGCUGUGCUUCUCUGGCCUCAGCUCUGAGCUCCAACCCCUCCCAUCUGAGAGAGCUGGACCUGAGCUACAAUCACCCAGGAGACUCUGGAGCUGCGCUGCUCUCUGCUGGACUGGAGGAUCCACGCUGGAGACUGGACACUCUCAGUGUGGAGCACGGUGGAGUGUGGAGGCUGAAACCAGCUCUAAAGAAGUAUGCCUGUGACCUCACACUGGACCCCAACACGGCCUACAGACACCUCUCUCUGUCUGAGGACAACAUGAAGGUGAUGCGGGAUAGAGAGGAACAGUGGUAUCCGGAUCAUCCAGAGAGUUUUGACUCCCGGUCCCAGGUGUUGGGUAGAGAGGCUCUGACUGGCCGCUGCUACUGGGAGGUAGAGUGGGAAGGAUGGGUUGAUAUAGGAGUGACAUACAGAGGAAUCACAAGGAGAGGAGGGGGUGGUGACAGCGAGCUUGGAGGGAACAACAAGUCCUGGAGUCUUGUGUGUACUGGUGGUUACUCUGCCCGGUACAACGGUACAGAGACAGUCCUCCCUCUCCGCCCCGCUGGCUCCACCAGAGUAGGAGUGUAUCUGGACCGGCCUGCUGGCUCUCUGUCCUUCUACAGAGUGUCCCCAGGUGGAGGAGGGUCCUCAGACACACUGACACACCUCCACACCUUCUGGUCCUCCUUCACCCAGGAGGACCUCCUCCCGGGGUUCAGGGUAUGGGGGGGGUCCUCAGCCACUGUGUCGGCCAUUGAUUAUAGGGGGAACAUCACUGUCCUCCAAACUCCGAUCACUGCCGAUGACACUAGCUGAUUCAAAUGGCUCAGA